AUUCUUCCCCUCAGCAAAAUCCAAAACCAAACCAUGAAACUCUCCUUCUCCCUCCCUCCCAAAUCCUCCUCCAAAUCAAACCCUAAACGCAACCCCUCCUCCGCCACCGCCACCGCCACCUUCAACGACGGCACCGGCAACCACCCUAACGACGCCGUUUCCAAACACUUCGUUAGCGAAUUCGACGCCUCGAAGCCUCUCUCCGCCGAUCCUAAAGCCCGCGUGAUCGCUCCGAUCCCCAACGAAUGGCGGCCCCACAAGAAGAUGAAGAACAUCGAGCUCCCCAUCACCGAGUCCGGCGGCCACGAGCUCCAGUUCGAGGUCGAGACGCUCUCCGUCACCGACGACCCCGACGCCAAGAUUUCGUACGGUCUCAAUCUCCGGGAGAAAUCGGAAUUGGAGAAUCGGGAGGGGUUGGGGAAUGGUGAGCGGCCGAGAUUGAGAGGCGUUGAGGAUACUCUGCUGCAGAAGUUUAAAGACGAUUUGGAGCGCUUGUCGGAUCAUAGGGGAUUGGAGGAGUUUGAAGAGAUGCCGGUGGAGGGUUACGGCGAGGCGUUGCUAACCGGGUACGGGUGGUACCCGGGUAGAGGAAUUGGGAAGAAUGCGAAGGAAGAUGUGAAGAUUGUGGAGUAUACUAGGAGUACUGAUAGGCACGGGUUAGGGUUUCUUGCGAAUUCGAAAGAGAAGGAUAGAAAGAAUUCAAAAGAACAAGAGAAAGAGAAGAGGAAAGAUGGGGAUGUGGGGAAGGAAGUGAGGAUCGUUUCAGGUCGAGACUAUGUAGGUUUGAGAGGUAGGAUUGUGGAGAAAUUGGGCAAUGGGAAACUGGUUUUGAAGCUGUUGAGUAAGAGCAAACAGCAAGAUGAAGAGGUUGUAAAAGUGAAUGCGGAUGAAGUUGCGGAAUUGGGUUCAAAAGAAGAGGACAAGUGCUUGAGGAGAUUGAAUGAGACACAAAGGAAAGUAGGUAGUGAUAGCAGGCGGAGACGAGAAGAGCGAAGGGCUCAUUCGACGUGGCUUGCGAGGAACAUUCGGGUCAGGGUUAUUAGCAAGGCCCUGAAAGGUGGGAAAUUGUAUUCGAGAAAAGGGGAGGUGAUGGAUGUUGUUGGACCCUACACUUGCGAUAUAUCUAUGGAUGGAAGUAGGGAGCUUGUGCAGGGGGUUUCUCAGGAUUUUCUUGAGACAGCCCUGCCAAGGUGCGGCGGACCGGUUCUUGUGUUAUCUGAGCAUAAGGGGGUCUAUGGUAGUCUUGUGGAGAAGGAUUCUGACAGAGAGACCGGUGUUGUCAAGGAUUCUGAUACCCAUGCCUUGCUCAAUGUGGGUCUUGAGCAGAUUGCCGAGUUUACUGGUGAUCCCAACGACCUUGGAUAUUGAUUCAUAGGUACUUUGAAUCACAAUUGUAUUCUCUGUAUACUGUGUUUGUAAGCUGACAUUCCUAUCAACUAAAUUUGAUAUCUUCGUUUGCCAUGCCAUGCUGCUUCUACUUGGGAGUCUAUUGGCUCCUCAUUAUUUCCGUGUAUGAAAUUUCCAGUGUUGUGAAUUUAAUUAUUUCGUUCAGAUGAAUAUUUCUUGAUUAA